AUGUCUGAGUUUAUUUUGGAGGAGGUGAAGCAGAAGUUUCAGUCACUUUCACAGCGUGCUCAGCCAUCCGCUGCUGCCGCGGGUCUCAUAUCAGGAGCUGAAACUACACAGUCGGGCGUAGGAAACGAUCACACUCCAACGGGAAACGCAAAGUUCAAAGCCAUGAUCGCAAAGGAGCGUCUGCUUCACCUCGAGGGACGCUACGACAAGUUUUACGAUGACCUGAAGCAGUCGCAAGAGAGAAUGGCUGAGCUAUCAGUCCGUAUUGCUCGUCUCGAUUUCACCACCAUCAAUCACGAAGAAAUCAUCGAUCUGCUCAACAAGGCCUUGGCGAUCUUGGGUGAACUGCAGAAGCAGUGGGGUAAACUCGUGAACUUCUUCGGUCAAAUUCAGGCUUUGGUCCAGGUCACAGUAAAGGAAACGCUAAUACCGUUCGUUGAACAGGCAUCUUCUCAGCUCGAUACUAAGAAACUCACAGUGGAGGACAGGAAUAUAGUUCUCGACCUCCUGAAAGAGCAAACGAUCGCAAUCCACCGUUCAACAUACAUGGUCUUCAUCAUGGCACGCACGUACGUUGACAUGUCCGACAAAUAUCUGAUGAAUCAAAUCGCCGGUCUGUCGAAAAUGCUGGCAGCAACUACUGAUACUCAGCGUAAUCAACUCAAGUCCCAGCUGUUCCAGACGUCUACCACACUCGCCGAAGAAGUAGGCAAAAUGGCUCUAGAGCGGAAACAGCAGUACCACGAACGAAUCAAUAAUCGUCUAAGCGAAGUGAACGACUUCCUGAAGAACCUCGGCGGAGUCACAGCUGAAGACGAGAAGAUGGCAAAAGAGGGAGCGAAACUUGCGGGCAUGGUAGACGAAGACGGUGACGAUGUUUACCUCGUCAGCGGAAUAAAACUCCCUGGACUCGACAAGUAG